CUGGGAGAUUCGAAAGGUGCCCCGCGCCUCAGGGAUCAAUUCCCGCGACUAGAUUAAGAAAAAGGGUCCACGGGCUGCGCAAGUUCUGGCUCAAGGUGACUCUGAUCCUGCCGGCUACAACAUGGAGAAUUUGGAGGAAGAUGUAAAGUUUAUUGUGGAUGAGACAUUUGAUUUUAUCGUGCCAUCACCUUCUGAUAGCCGUGAGGAGGAAGAGGCUGCUGACCCAGUGAUUCCUGAGCGGCCACCUAGGCGGGGUCUGGCCCACCGGAGUGACCUGAACAUAGUGGCCGAAGAACCUCAGGGGUUAAGGCUCAGCUUGGGCCCUCUCAGCCCUGAGAAGUUGGAGGAAAUUCUUGAUGAGGCCAACCGUCUGGCAGCUCGACUGGAGCAGUGCGCCCUGCAGGAGAAAGACGCUGGUGGUGAUGGCAAGGGGCGGCGGGUGAAGGCCAGUCCCCGACGUGAGACAUUUGUGGUGAAGAACAGUCCUGUCCGAGCCCUGCUGCCCACCGUGAGCUCUCCUGUCCGGGGGCCCUCUGCUCCGGGAGGCCUGACCCCCCGACUCCGCAGCAGUGAGAAGAAGGGGUCAAGCAGGGUUCUUCGAGCCACAUCUGGAAAGAAGCCUUCUGGCACUAAGAAGGAGGCGCCCACUGGCAGUGUGUUCCCCACCACAAGAAGUCAGUCUUCUCCCAUCAGCCGGAUUGCCCCUCCAGCCGGGGGAAAAGCGGGGCCCAGUGGGAGAGCACCUGCUGCUGGCUUAGCUUCCACUACAAGGCCAGCUCUUGCCUUACAACUUCCCCCAAACACCCUUCAGCGCCCGGCCCGGACUCAGGGUCCAGCUGUCAGACCCAGCAGGCUGCCCACUCCUACCGCCAUCCCCAAACCUGCCAGCCAGGCACUGCUCUCCAGCAGAAGUCCCCUGUCUGGGAAAGGCAGCUUGCCCCUAGGAGCUGCUCCACCUCGGAAAGGGCCAUCUAGAUCCAGCACAGCUGGACACCGAGUUCCUUCUACCCAGAGAUCAAACCUUCCAGUCUCUGCUGCCUCCCGAAACCAUCUACAGUCCCCCAAGAAGGUGACAAUCCCUGGACUCACUAGGUAAUGAGAUCGAUCAGGCCUGUGAAAACAAACCUUAGGACCAAACCACUCCAAAGAGCAGCUGCGCUCAGGCCAUGCUCUCAAGCCACCUCUCUCUCCAGCUUUUAAGAGGCAUUGCAGCCAUCAUUACCACCCAUUACCAAAGGUCCUGGACCUACCUGACCCUGAUGCCUUAGCUGUAGAGAGCCUUGAGGAAGUGGGAAAAUCUUGCUUCAGUUGAAUGAAGGGAAAGUAUUUCUGGGUUGAAAGGGUAGGGAGACAUUUUUGUUUCCUGAAGUGAAAUAUAACCCCUCUGGCCCCCGCAAAAAAAAAAAAAAAAAAAGUGAAGAAUAAAAGUAACCCCUUCUCCCAUCUUAUCUCCACACGACCAUUCAGCUGUUAUUCAGGUGUUAUUUGGCUGGGCAAAACUCAUACGAAGUGCCCAUUUCCACAGUCUCUCUGUAUCUCACUUUCCAGAAGAGAGAGGUGUUUCUGAAUCACAUCCACCACUGGACUCAGUAUUGGCUUGGGGCUAGCCAAGCCAGGUUCUGUCUUUCCAAAGUCUGUCUUCUGUAAAUACUUUUUAGCCCCUAA